UUGGAGCCGUCUGACUAGGUGAGCGCCGAACACUCGUCAGUGUACAGGUCGCAUCCCGCCGCGAUGGCUUGUGUUGACAGCGGCGGAUAGCACGCGGCAGGAUAUUACUCAGGAUAAAACUUUGUGUGCAUGGAUUCGACGACUGCGGCUGUGUUCCGAGACAGUGAGUGAUCCCUGUGAACCGCAACAGAGUGCAAGAAGCUUUCAUCUUUCGCCGCAGGGGUUGUGUUGUCGCUUCGCUGUUCAGUAUCGUGAUGUGAGGUCCUGCUUUGGCUCUCUCAACAGUGUGUGCUCGAUAGCUUUCUUCGUUUUCUCCCCUGCAUGUACGACACUUUGUGCCUGACAAAAAAUUGUUUUGCGCAACCUGGUUUGCAGCGUCCCAGUAUACCUUCCACUCAGAAACACUCGCGGCGCCAAUUUUGAUGGCAUGGUCAAGAGUUCUCUCUGCUCCCUCAGUGCCAUGCUUUGUAUGUAAGACUCCUCUGUGCCAUCGCUCGCGUCCUCGCUACUGCCAUGGAGCUUUUUCCAAUCCUCUGGUUGGCCAUAUCGGCCACAUCCCCGGUGCUGGUCGUCCUCAGUCUCUGGGUAAUCUACGUCUUCCAUACGUAUCGACGAAAAUGGCGAACUGUUGAUCUUUUCCUACUCUCUUUAUCCUGUCAAGACCUCGUGACUGCCCUUUUCUGCUUUGGCUUCGCGGUAUUACGUCUAAUUGGCCCAAAGUUCGAUGCGCCAUGUGGUUUUGUCGUCUGGGGCCUCACGGCCAUGCGCACCUUCCAGCUCACAACACUGGCGUCCGCAGUCAUCGAUAGGGUACUAACGGUACGAUGGCCGUACCGGUAUCGGUUCAGCGUGCGCAGGAACCAGAUCAGGUACCACAUCGCUGUCCUGGCCAUCAUCGGCGUGCUUAUCGGCGUCGCCGCCGUUUUCGCGCGUUCGACCAAGGCUCCGGAGGAGUGUUCCAUACAUCCAAACUUCUGGGACGCCCGGUACACGAUCUUUAUCGUGGUGUUGUACGGUGUGCUCAUGUUCGGAAGCGUCAUAAUGAGCGUGGUGAUGGAAGUCCAGCGUUGCCAACUGGGAAGGAAAGCCAAGCUUCAACAGAUGAGGACCGCUACACCCGAGUACGGGACGUCCAGCACGGGGAGCAGUGUGAGUUCCUCCAGUUCGAAACCUCUGCACGUGCUCGGGAGGCAGACAUCCAGGAGACCCUACAACGUAGGAGUGCUGAGCGAAUCUGGAGUGCCGGAGUAUCGUUGGACGGUUGUUGCGGUUUCCACGUUGCUGUCGUUUGCCAUCAAUCAUCUCCCGUACCUGGUGCUCGUGGUGCUUGGAGAGUUUGUGGAGGCCUUCUGGACCCCGUGGCAUGACGUGGCUGUCAUCUGGCUUCGACUUGGUCAAGGAUUUCUGUUUCCUCUUGUCCUCUGUCUCACGGACCGGCAUCAUUGGACUGCGCUCAAGAAGACGCUCCAGAGGCGGUCGGCUUCAGCGAACUUCACUGGGGAGGAGAGCCGCUAUCGACUCUACCUGGACGAUUCCAAGAGCAAUAUAAAGAACUUGGGUCCUGUCGCCCCGAUUGGCAUCAUUACAAACUACAAGCGGUCAUCGUUGAGCUAUGGCAAGGUGUCCAAAAAGUCUCAUCGCUCCAGCUGGGGAUCAGGCAGCCGUCGGAAGUCAUUGCCAAGGACACCGCACAAGUUCAUGGUAUCCGGUAUAUACGGCGUUGACUGCAUUCUGGACAAGCCUUCCUACCUACGGUCGCACAUCCCACACUUACCAACAACCCACGCUCAGUUGCAGAAAGCUUCCCAGUUGAUCCGUACUGAAAGUUGCUGCUCGGCUGACUCUGCUGUUAAAGUUCCAAUCCCAGCUGUGGACUACGACAUGGACAAGGCAAGAUUAGAUAUCCCAGGCGAUUGGGCGAGGCACGACGAUGAAGACCACAUCUACGCCACGCUUUCAGACACCCUAAGCUUGCACUCUACCGUUGCUGGAGACAGCUGCGCCACCUUCAGUGCUCCCGAAGACUCAGACGAAGACGCCGAGUCUUUCACUACGGAUGCAAACGACGACUUUGAGUUUCAUGACACGAGGCCCUGCGGUGGAGAAGUGCGCAUGCGGUCCUCCGUAUCGAACAUUGCAGACAACUGCUAUGGCACGGUUACAACCGCUCUCAAUCAGGACGUGCAAGCUCCGUAUCUGGAGCCGUCGAAUUUAACGUCGUGCAGCGGAUCAUACUCGAUGAACGAUCUUGAUCUGAUUGAAAAUCUUGACCUGUGUCAAGAACACUCAGGGAAACCUGCUAGAAGUGAGUCUCUCGUGUCACUGUACAAUCCCCCUUCCGAAAGCGGACUAAGUUCCGACACUCCGCCAAUGGGAUGCUACGGCAACGACCAGUAUAGCCUCGGCCAGAAGGUGAUGGAAGCCAUAAUGAAGAAUGGCCGCUCGUCCUUUGUAAUCCGCCGAAAUUACGUGCGGAGGGCAAAGAAGCGGAUCGGUCUCAAGAAACACAAGCUCAUGUUUGAUUGCGACAGCGUCGACGACGGCUUCACCGCUGUUCGAAGGUUCCCGCCGCUGCGUCAACACAGGGUGGCCAGCAUCAACGCGAUUCGCCGCAUAGGAAGUCCUACGAGCCAAUGGCACGUUCCUGUGGGACCUGACCGCAAGCUAGAAGUUAUAUCUGAGUUCAUUUAGCUCCAAUCUACAAAUACGACUUUGUAGAGCCAGGCACCAAGCUCUCGCAUGCAUGUGGGAGGAGGACAGAGAUCAACUCCCUGCCCGGUACCCUUUGCACUCGCGCCUGACACCGAGUUAGAUACUAUGCCGUUCACUGCCACUCGAAUAUCCGACAGUGGUUGAGGAACAUUUAUGAGCCACAAGGAGCAACGGGCUUAUACGUGAUGAUGAUUUGCAGAGAAGUCAUGAUAUCACGUGCGGCUCUGGCCAACGAUUGCCCGCUUGCCAUCACAUCAUGAAUGCUGCUGACACGGGAACAUCGCGUACAUUAGUGGAUGAUUUUCUGCAAGAUAUGUCCACAUUACCACAGCACUAUGCAGUCUGACAAUAGCCCAUAGCACACUAAACUGUAUCCCUGCAUCGCUGAAACAUCCAACAUAACAAACACUUGAAAGGUUGUUUUGUACUUCACGGGUUUUACCUCCGGUAAUCAUAAUGUGGUACCACUAGACAUGCCAACAGCUGUCAUGCUGCAUAUUUGCAUCUAGCACAGAUAAUCCUAAUAUGUAUUCAGUGUUGGGGGCAGCAGGGAGAGUGCUGAAGUCAGCCCAGAGCGCACAAUACUCCGAACCGCACGUCGCCGGCUGAAAGUCAGAUCGCACACACGACACAUAUAGAUGAGAGCAUGUACAGCUAAAUAAUGCUGAACAAGCUGCCAAUCAGUCAAUACCUGUUACGUGACAUUCUUAAUUUGCAUCAAGGAGCAGUUGAUGACUGGAAGCGUCGUGUUCGCUGCACGUAUUUGUACCUUUACUUCAUUCGUGGCUUUUCAUCAUAUCUUCUUCGAAUAGGCAUAAGUUGUACAUGGUUGGUCGAGGGAGAUGGAGACGGAGGUGGUGCAAUGACUUCAUAUUGAUCUACGUAAUUUUAACUUACUGACGUCAUUAGCCAUACCUUUCGGGGGGCUCCAAGAAAAUAAAUGCACCAGACCAGCUCAGCAGGUGUGCAUGAUGCGAACAUGAGAGAACGCAAACAAUGUAAAUAUUAUACAUAAGGCAUAGCUUACGAAACGAGUACACUCACUUCACGGCAAGCACGUUGGUGCAAAGGGAAAAUAACGCUGUGCUGGGUACGGCAGGGAUGGCAUCGUGCCAGCCAAGAGCAAUGGUUGUUCCGUUAUCACCGUGAACGAAACAACCGGGUGCCCACCUACACAUAAGUCACAUUGGCGUAGUGUUUCAGAUUCGCCGUGUAUUACCACAGAUACUUUGGCAUCUACGAUACGUACUAUGUACUGAUUCGUGCCCGUGGUUUCUGUACACUCAGCGAUGAGGAAUCAACGUUAAUAAAGAAUUAUUUCCGUGA